AUGAGAAAGCAAAGCAGGGCACGAGGCGAGUCAGACCUUGGACGACCUGCUGAUCCACGCAGUCCAGUAUACCGGCCAAGACUGGAGACGAUACCGGCCGCCGCAUCAUCUUGGUUCAGCUUACCCGAAGCGCUCACUGCCCUUCUCGUUCCAUUACCGUACUUACUGGCAUCCGCAGCUUAUUCUACGAUCACCAAUGAGGAGCUGAGUGGAGGCACACAUGAGUUGCCCGCAUAUGCAAGGCUACAGCAUGGCGCAGAUUCAGAGGGCCGAUUGCUUCCCAUGCAGAAAUUCAGCAGCGACUCCGGUUUGAUCGAAGCCUGCACCCUCACCUCAGGUGCUCUGUUACUAGUCGGUAUCCUUGCCAAGAUCCGAGCAGCUGAAAGAGUGCUCGAUCGAAGGAAGGAAACAGCCAGCUAUAUGCCUCAGACCGAGGCAUUACUCACCGUUCAAGCUGCACGAACAAUGGCCUUACGAGCAAUCAGCCUCGGCCUCCCAUUUUAUGCGUCGAUGCAAAUCGGCGGGCUGCGGACUGGGCUGAUCCUGCUCACAGCAUUCGCUGCGGGCAUCACUGAUGACCAUGUAUCUCUGAGGCGCACGCUGUAUGACUGGAAACAUAUCCUAUCUUCACGGUUAGCAACACUCCUGGUAUUUACGCUAAGCCUGGCAGGCGACGCUAGCGGCCUAACCUUUCAUGCUCCGCUGAUUGACACUGCCUUUGGCUAUCUGGCGCUGGCGCUCUCGAUCACCGUUUUGCCUCCACCUCUGCCAAUGCGAUCGACGGGUUCUCGUCCAGCUUCGAACCAGCCGUCGCCUACCGUGAGCCGAGCGCCAUGGUCUUCCGCAAGCGCCUUCCAACCCUCGAUUACCUCUGCGCUCACUAAAUCUACUGCAGAUGUUGACAUGACACUCCUCGCUGGACUGCUUAUGUCUAUACUCACGGUGCUGUUGUCGAUGGUCUGGUCAGCCUCACCAUCUCUUCAAGGCUCGGCAAUCGUACUCAGCACGCUAGCAGUAGCAUCUAUGUCCGCCUCGAUUCUUUUCUCACAACCACAUACCCUUCGCAGUCAGCACCAAGCUGGUCUUGGCAUUGGCUGUCUUAUCACUGCCUCGUGUGCCUUUCUAUAUUCGCCAUCCAUAUGGCCCGGUACGACGUGCAAUGGCGGAUUAUCUGCGUUGUCCUUCCUUGGAGUUUUGUACGAUACCCAUGCUGUCGACGAAGACGCUCACGAACAUGCACAUGCGCACAACGCCCAUACGCAUCAACAUCAUGAUCACGACCAUCACCAUGCUGCUAAGCACGUGACCCCAGGCCAGUAUUCCGGUUUUACCAAGUUCAUCAUGGCAAAAUGUAGGCCAGGCUCGCUUAUGUACGGCAUCCUAGCCGAGAAAGACUCGAGACGGAUCGCUUACUUCACGCUUCUUAACUUCUCCUUCAUGAUCGUCCAAGGCGUCUACGGCUAUUUGUCUGGCUCCUUAGGCCUGCUCUCAGAUACGGUCCAUAUGUUCUUUGACUGCCUCGGACUAGUUGUUGGCCUUGGCGCAGCUGUCGCGUCAAAGUGGCCAACUUCGCCUGAGAAACCUUACGGAUGGGGCAAGCUCAAUACGCUCGCUGGUUUCGGCAAUGGCGUGUUCUUGAUGCUCGUCAGCGUCGAAUUCAUUUGGGAGGCUAUCGAAGGCAUCCUCGAAGGCCGGGAGCUGCGGCACGUGAAGGAGCUCCUUGUAGUCAGCGUCGCUGGGUUCCUGGUGAACAUGGUUGGCCUGGUGGCGUUCGGACACGCUCAUGCUGGCCAUGAUCACGGACACGGCCACUCACACGGCCACUCACACAGCCACUCACACAGCCACUCACACAGCCAUUCACAUAGCCACUCACACAGCAACUCACACAGCCAUGGCCAUGCCCACUCACACGACCAUGACCACUCUCACGCAAACGGUCACGCACACCAAAACGACUGCAACGAUUUGAAAGCACCGAAACCGCAGGUACACCAUGUUCACGACCAUGAGCACGAUAAUGAGAACAUGCAUGGCAUCUUUUUGCACGUUGCCGCAGAUGCUGGUGGAUCUCUAGCCGUCAUACUCAGCACAGCGCUUACUAUCUGGAAGCCAUGGUAUCUGUGGGAUCCUCUUGCCACCAUGAUAAUUGCCGUUAUGAUAUUCAUUUCUGCCAUACCGCUUGUCUCAGCGUCAGGACGGAAGCUUCUGCUCGUAAUACCCAACGAUUUGGAGUACGCUGUCAAGAGCGCAUUGCAGGAGCUCGGCGAGGUGAGGGGAGUUGUGGGCUAUGCCGCACCGCGCUUUUGGAUCGAUGACAGAGACGAGGCUUCUAUCGGCGCGCACGAUCAGCAUCACCACCACGACGCAGAGGUGGUGGCAAGCAAGCAAAGGCUGAUGGGUGUCAUCCAUGUCAUAGUAGCGCAUGCCGCGACUGAGGAAGAUGUGCGAGAACGUGUGGAAGAAUUAUUGCAUGAAAGAAACAUGGAUCUAGUGAUUCACGUCGAACGUGAGGCGGACGGGCAGUGUUGGUGUGGUGGCGGUGGCGGUGGUGGUGGUGGUGGUGGUGGUGCGGCUGCUACUGCUGGACAGUCGCCUGCUAUGAUCAAGUCCGGUUAG